AACAUUUACAGCUGAAGGUGUUAAAGUAUUCGCACGUGAAGGUACAUCGUAUUUUCAUUUGUAUAAUAUUUCACUUUUAACUGAAAAUGGCGCAAGCUGUAAAGAAACUUAUGCAUCAUCAGAAUAUGGAAGUGUUUCGUCAUCCUAUAGUAUGGAUGCAAAUCAAGAUCAAGAUAAUACUGAAAUAGUAAAUGCACACAUUUGUCGUUCAACGGCAUUUCCGAUGCAUCCUACUGCUAAUGUCACACAACGACUUUUUUACAUUUCACCCGUUGUAAUUGGUGAUAAAAUUUUGGCUAUAACACCUGAAAGAGAAUUGAAUGAAUAUGUCAAAUUGACAAAUCGAGAAUUUGACACGAUCGAAAAUAACAAUACGAGGAAUGAAUCACCAGAUAUACAUUUUUUCUUUGAUUCAUCUGGGCCAUCAACACAACUUUGCAUACAUGGAGUGUAUACUGUUGUAACAUUGAAGUGUGAUCCACGACAAAUUACCGAACCAUUAGUAAAACUUCCAAGUAAUUGUCCGGAUGGUACUUGUGAUGGUUGCUUAUAUCAUAUUAUCAUUUAUUCAUUAUAUGCAUGUCCUAUUUGUAGCGAUCAAGAUUACAGUAUAAUUAAAGGUGAAUGCAUCAAUGGAUUGCAAUCAGUUCAUAGUAUACCAGCAAGUUAUUGUAUUUCAACGGAUGUAUUACGAAAGGAACGAAUCGAACAAUGUACAACGUUAACAUUACGGUUACAACUUCUCAUUUCAAGCAUUAUUUUAACCGUUAUUACAUUAUGUGUUAUCAUUGUUAUGGCGUAUCGCAAGAAUAGAAGAUCACUUGGUGCUGAAUCAUGUGGAGUGAAAGAUGAUGAAAAUGAAGAUGAUGGCGAAAAUCAAGAUCGCAUAUUUUUUGCUCGAAAAAAUAGACGAUCAUAUCGUGAAUAUAAAAAAGAGCGUAAAUUAUCCCAUGAAAGAAAUCGAGAUGAUAGUGGACAAACACCAUUUAUUCCAUUGGAACAAG